AUGGUAGUGAUGAUUUAUGCGAGCCCGACGGCACGCAAGACUGCCCAAGCAGAUGACAUCGACCUCGACAAUUCGACUACGUCUGCUACAGACUCCGAGGGUGCUGCCUGUCCUCACGGCUUCUACGUCCGAAACACGUUCAUCGAGUGCUGUGAGAGCGAUGGUGAAGUGGGCUCGGCUCGGUGCCGUGCUUCUUCCGCACCGGCAGAACGGAGCCGCCAAAAUGGCAAUGCCAUGGGUACGGCCGGCGAUGCCUUCGAGGCUCAGCAGAAGCUCGAGGCGGCCUUCCAGGAGGCACAAGAGUUGAAGGAUCUCAUCAGAGAGGCCGAUGCCGAACGAGACACGUUGCAUGAUCAGCUGAAGCAAAUGAAGCCUGGGUCAUACAACUUCCGCCUGCCUGAAGGCGUUGAUGAGAUGAUCGGCGCAGUCACGGAGUUGACGCAGAAACUGGAUGCAGCCAGCAUGGACUUGCAGUCAGCCCGGGACUACUACAAUCAUGUGAAGCUGCGCAUCGGACUAAAGAAGGAGUGUCUGCGCGAGGAGAUCAACGAAAAGGCAGAGGAGCGAGAUCGCUUGAAGGCAGAAUGCCGGGAAGUCAAGGACCAGGUUGACCGCCUGCAGCAUGAGUGCAGCAGGCUGCAUCAAGAACUCAAGGAUUCGAAGGAUGUGACAACUGACGAAGGCCGAAGGAAGCCUGAGCAGCCACCCGAGCUGAAGGAAGCUGGGGCAAUGGGCGCAAGCAGGGAAGCGCUGCCCUUUCAAGUACCGGAAGCUAAGGCGAAAGGAGGGAGAAGGAAGUGCAAGAGAGGCACCGGACACCACCAGCAAAGUAACAAGGCGAGCAGGGACGACUAUCUUGGAGUGGGAGCCAGUGAAGCUAGCCAGCUGCAAGAGAUCCUUUCUUGCCAGCGUGACGAGCACAACCAACAGAGCAUGCAUAUGCAUCGGCCUCUGCUCGCUGCAGACUCCUCUGACAUUCCUCGCUUGGAUGCCUGCGAGCAAAUAGCGCCUGCGGACAACUUGAAGUUCGAGCAGCUCCAGCAGAUGAGGGACACCACCUCAGACAUCUCUCUCCCAGCUGCCAGUGAGCAAGACGAGAGCAAGCUGCAAGAGCUGGAAAGGCCGAGUCAGUGCACAGCAGGCAUUUUGGAUUUCGCUCCAGGGCGCGAUGAGGGAGAACAGCAUGAGCUGCACAGCCCAAGUCAGCACCCUGCAGGGACAUCACUUUUCGAUGCCGGCGAGCAAGACCAGAGCAAGCUAGAGCUAGACAAGAUAGGCAGGUCAGACAUUUCUAGCUUGGAUGAUUGCGAGCAGGACAAGAUCAAGCGAGAAGAGCUGGGCAUGUCAAGUCGGGAUGCAGCAGGUGUGUCCGACAUCUUCGGCACGGAGUCCUUUGAGCUCGCUAAGAGUAGGGGACAAGAGCUGGUCUGGCCACAUGAGGAUGCGGCAGGCAUGUCAGACAGCAGCAAGCAACAAGUGAUGGAUGAGCCUGGCCAGGACAUGGCAGGUCUGUCAGGUACCCAUGGCUGUGCCGAGGAAUCAGGUCCUCCACUUCUGCCACCGGCAGCAUCCAUUGCACUUGAGAGUGACCAAGAGACGUGGCAGGCGGCCGGAAUUCCUGCAGAGGAAACCUCGGGUUCCAGAGCACAAGUGAGGGCCUCCCGGAAAGAGGUGGAGCCGCUUGGCGAGGUGGCGGAACAGUUCAAAGCCGCUUCCGCGCACAAGCAAGCCGUCCUCUCCAAGGGCACAAAGAAGUCCAAGGGCAAAGGCAAAGCUCUGACUCCGCCAGGCCAGAGCUCGACUCUCGGAGCGACGAAGCGAGGCAAGGGCAAGGCGAAGGAACCCGAGGGAGCCCCGAGCAGUCGCAAGCGCCAGCCCGCAAAGCCGAAAAAAAGCAGUGAAGCUACUGAGAUUGAGGUGAAAGCAGAGGCUGUGUGGAAUCCGAUGAAGAAGCUGUUCUUGGUGAGCAUCCUGGUGGUGGCUUUGCUGGUGAUUUUGGCGGCGGUGCGCCCUGCGCUGCUCUGA